CUUUCCUCCUACAUCUCUUUAUAUAAUAUCCUUACGCUCUCUCUCACCUUCGCAUUCAAAGUUUCAAACACCUUUGCAGAAAAUGUCACCAUUAUCAUCGCCCCAUCAUGUUUUCUUUGUUUCUGCUCUUCUGUUCGUUUUUCUCUUUCACCUCUUCACCACCACUGCCUAUGCGGCAGCUUCUUCUUCUCCUUCUCCUUCUUCGCAGACCUUAAACAUGCACUCAGAGUACAUGAUCAACCCGAAACUCCCACCGAAAGCGCUCUCGUCCUCGAAGAAAUUCGAGGGCUCCUCCAACCUCGUCAAUCUCCGCUACCACAUGGGUCCCGUCCUCUCUUCCUCCCCAAUUAACAUCUACCUCAUUUGGUACGGCCUCUGGUCGCCUUCCCACAAGCUCCUCAUCAAAGACUUCCUCCUCUCUCUGUCUCCCUCCACCAAAGCCCCGUCACCCUCGGUCUCAGACUGGUGGCGUACCCUCUCGCUAUACACUGAUCAGACUGGCGCCAAUGUCUCCCGCACCGUCCUCAUCGCCGGCGAGUACUCCGACCUCAAAUACUCUCACGGCAACCAACUCACCCGGCUCAGCAUCCAGCAAGUCAUCGCCACCGCCGUAAAGUCCGCGCCUUUCCCCGUCGACCACCGCAACGGCGUCUACCUCGUCCUCAGCUCCCAAGACGUCGUCGUCCAGGACUUCUGCCGCGCCGUCUGCGGCUUCCACUACUUCACAUUCCCGUCCAUGGUCGGCUACACGCUCCCCUACGCCUGGGUCGGCAACUCAGCCAAGCAGUGCCCCGAGGUGUGCGCUUACCCCUUCGCUUUACCGGCUUACAUGGCCGGAGGAGGGCCCGGAGCUCUGCGACCGCCGAACAAGGACGUCGGCGUGGACGGCAUGAUCAGCGUGAUCGGUCACGAACUGGCCGAGCUAUCAACAAACCCGUUGGUGAACGCGUGGUACGCUGGAGAAGACCCCACUGCGCCAACAGAGAUCGGAGACUUGUGCGAAGGGUUAUACGGUACGGGAGGUGGUGGUGGGUAUAUAGGACAGGUGAUGAGGGAUAGGGAAGGCAGGACUUACAACAUGAAUGGGAGAAAUGGGAGGAAGUUUCUGGUACAGUGGAUCUGGAGUCCCAUUUUGAAGGCUUGUGCUGGUCCUAAUGCUUUGGAUUAAGCACUUCUUUUGCUGCUUUCCCCCCCCUUCAUUUUAAUGAAUUGUGUAGGAUUCAUUAGAUGGGAAUUAUACAGGUUUGGGGUGAUGGAAGUAAUUUGGUUAUAGCUAUGCUUUAGCUUAUCUUAUUAUUUUUUUAAAAUAUAUAUAUAAGGAAAAUUACAUGAACAGGAGGAGGAUGGUGAUGGUGGGGUUUUUUUAGAUUUCAGAUUAUAUAGUAGUACAUAUCAUGUUAAUUUAUUGGCGUUUUUCAUUUGGAAAACUUGAUAGAAUUCAUGUUGAUAAAUCUGGGUAUGAUUGUUUCCUUCUUUA